CCCGCGCGCGCCGGGGGCUGGCAGCCUCGCUCUGGCUCGCUCCGCGCCCCCGCGCCGAGUCCGCGCGUCAGUCGGUCCCGAGCGCGGCGGCGGGGAGGCGAGCUGCAGCCAGCCGAGCGCGCCGACCUGAGGAGGCGGCGGUGUCCGCGGGCGUCGCGUGAGGAGGGUCGGAGCCCGAAGACUCGCGCAGCGCCAUGGCCCCCAUUGGCCUCAAAGCCGUGGUCGGGGAGAAGAUCAUGCAUGAUGUGAUAAAGAAGGUCAAGAAGAAGGGGGAGUGGAAGGUGUUGGUGGUGGAUCAGUUAAGCAUGAGGAUGCUCUCCUCCUGCUGCAAGAUGACAGACAUCAUGACCGAGGGCAUAACAAUUGUGGAAGAUAUCAACAAGCGCAGAGAACCCCUCCCCAGCCUGGAGGCUGUGUAUCUCAUCACUCCAUCUGAGAAGUCUGUCCACUCUCUCAUCAGUGAUUUUAAGGACCCACCAACUGCUAAAUAUCGGGCUGCACAUGUCUUCUUCACUGACUCUUGUCCAGAUGCCCUGUUUAAUGAGCUGGUAAAAUCCCGAGCAGCAAAAGUCAUCAAAACUCUGACGGAAAUCAACAUUGCAUUUCUCCCAUAUGAAUCCCAGGUGUAUUCCUUGGACUCUGCUGACUCUUUCCAAAGCUUCUACAGUCCCCACAAGGCUCAGAUGAAGAACCCCAUACUGGAACGUCUGGCAGAGCAGAUUGCAACUCUCUGUGCCACCCUGAAGGAGUACCCCGCAGUACGGUAUCGGGGGGAAUACAAGGACAAUGCCUUGCUGGCUCAGCUAAUUCAGGACAAGCUCGAUGCCUAUAAAGCUGAUGACCCAACAAUGGGGGAGGGCCCAGACAAGGCACGCUCCCAGCUCCUGAUCCUGGACCGAGGCUUUGACCCCAGCUCCCCCGUGCUUCAUGAGUUGACUUUUCAGGCUAUGAGUUACGAUCUGCUGCCUAUUGAAAAUGAUGUAUACAAGUAUGAGACAAGCGGCAUCGGAGAGGCACGGGUGAAGGAAGUGCUGCUGGACGAGGACGACGACCUGUGGAUAGCGCUGCGCCACAAGCACAUCGCGGAGGUGUCCCAGGAAGUCACCCGGUCUCUGAAAGAUUUUUCUUCUAGCAAGAGAAUGAAUACUGGAGAUAAGACCACCAUGCGGGACCUGUCCCAGAUGUUAAAGAAGAUGCCCCAGUACCAGAAAGAGCUUAGCAAGUACUCCACCCACCUGCACCUUGCCGAGGACUGCAUGAAGCAUUACCAAGGCACCGUAGACAAGCUCUGUCGUGUGGAGCAGGACCUGGCCAUGGGCACAGAUGCCGAGGGAGAGAAGAUUAAGGACCCCAUGCGAGCCAUCGUCCCCAUUCUUCUGGAUGCCAAUGUCAGCACUUAUGACAAAAUCCGCAUCAUCCUUCUUUACAUCUUUUUGAAGAAUGGCAUCACUGAGGAAAACCUGAACAAACUGAUCCAGCACGCCCAGAUCCCCCCGGAGGACAGCGAGAUCAUCACCAACAUGGCUCACCUCGGCGUGCCCAUCGUCACAGAUUCCACGCUGCGUCGCCGGAGCAAGCCGGAACGGAAGGAGCGCAUCAGUGAGCAGACCUACCAGCUCUCACGGUGGACCCCCAUCAUUAAGGACAUCAUGGAGGACACUAUUGAGGACAAACUUGAUACCAAGCACUACCCUUACAUCUCCACCCGCUCCUCUGCCUCUUUUAGUACGACCGCCGUCAGCGCCCGCUAUGGGCACUGGCAUAAGAAUAAGGCCCCAGGGGAGUACCGCAGCGGCCCCCGCCUCAUCAUUUUCAUCCUUGGGGGCGUGAGCCUGAAUGAGAUGCGCUGUGCUUACGAGGUGACCCAAGCCAAUGGAAAGUGGGAGGUGCUGAUAGGAUCCACGCACAUUCUCACCCCACAGAAACUGCUGGACACGCUGAAGAAACUGAAUAAAACAGAUGAAGAAAUAAGCAGUUAAAAAAAUAAGCCGCCCCUCCAAACACACCCCUUUCCCCGCAGUGCUCUGCGGCUCCCUAUCCUGCCCCUCGGUUACUUUGCUGACUUUCCGUCUGUUGCCUCCCCAGCCCUGCACGUCCUGGCCGGCACUGUCACCCGCUGCGUUCUCCUGUUUAAUGACGCCCUCUUCUCAUUUGAAACAAAAGAAAAUAAUGCAUUGUGUUUUUUAAAAAGAGUAUCUUGUAUAUAUAUCCUAAAAGGAAAGGUUCAUGUGCAAAUGACGCACUGCAGGAGAAGUUUUUGAACUGUUUAGAGUGAAUGGACACCUUCUCCCUGUUAUUUAUGAUUCUGUGACCUUGUACAUAACCCUAUGCGACAUGUGCAAAUUGCUUGAGUAUGGAAAGGUAGAAGUUUGAGUGUUUUUAAAAACUGGUUUUGGAUUGUUCCUGUUCUCAUUGGGAAUCGUAGAGAUAUGUCUGUGUUCCUGGAGUAUUUCACACUGAGGAUUGAUCUGUUGUCUUCACUCCAGUCCUACCCCUCGGUACCUGCUCCCAUCCACACCCGCCGGAAGUGACCAUCAGGGGACAUCUCGUGAGAGUUAAAGAACAGGCCUCUUCACUUUUCCCAGCAGCAUGUCCCUGGUGGUACGGCUGUGGUUGGGGGCUGGGGUGUCCUCGUGAAGCCAGGCUGGCAUCCCCUCCUCCACAGCCUGUCCCUGCUCCCUCCCUGGCAUGUGUCCACAGUGCUGGGAUCCCAAGGGAAGUCCCUCUCCAGACAGCAUCACGGUGCCCAGAUAAGUAAAAAGCAAACUCCCACCAGAGACCUUUGCCUCUUCUGGAGAAGCAAUUAGACCUGAUCUCUUGACCAGAGCCCUCCCUCCCCAGGUGUCACCCCUAACAGCUCAGUUUCCUCAGUAGGUUCAACCUUAGUUCAAGGGUCAGGAACGGACUAGAACAGAUGGGUCUGGAGGCCCCUGGUCAGAGGGCCGUUGGCGUGGAGAAGGUUCUUAGCCUGAAGACAGCCUGUUGGGUUUAUGCAGACCCUGUGUCUACUCCACAAGCAACUUUGGUCAGAUUAUCCUCAGUUUAAGAUGCUUCAUAAUACUUUAUUUUGUGUAGUGUAGGGUCAUAUGUCAUUGUGCUUGUAAGAGAAAAUGAUUAUUUUAUUCUCUGUAUAAAAACUUAGCUGUAUAAAAACUUAGCUCUAAUGCAAAAAUUAAAGACACAAACGCAAGAAGGAUGUCUCAUCCUCAAGACUCAGCAGUUCUUGUUCUCCAGUGGUGAGCACACCAUUUGUUCUGCUGUUGUCUCGAAAUAUAAUGACAGUGGAAGUCACAAAAAAUGUCCCCUGCCCAGCCCCUCGCCGCCCUCGGCCUCCUGCAGCCCGUGUGUAUAUUACGUGUCUCGUGCCGUGUUGCAACCGUGGUGUAUGCUAGCUCCGCGCCGCCGCCUUCCUUGGUCUGUUCCCCACCCUCCCGUUAGAUGCAUCGUGGUGUUCUCUUCUCAAGGCUUCGAGAUCUCCCCUUUGCACUCAGAUGAGUUUUCAGGUCUUGCCCUCUGUCUCCCUCCCUCCUAAGAUAUCUUAUUUCUGUAGGACAGAACUGUAGGCGCUUGCGUUGGUUUGUUUCUUUCUCCCUCUGCUCGUUCGUCCCCUCCCUCGGACCAAACAGUGCUCGUGCUUCGGGACCUUGUUUGUCCAACAAGUUGGUUUCCCUUUCUCUGUUAUUUAUAUAAAAAUAAUUUAUCAAAAGGAUAUUUUAAAAAAGCUAGUCUGUCUUGAAACUUGUUUACCUUGAAAUUAUCAGAAUCUCAAUGUUUGAAAGUAUUGAAGCACAAACAUGUAUCAUCUCUGUACCGUUCUGUACUAAAGCACUUGAGUCUAAUAAAUAAAGAAAUCAGAAGUCAGUGUCCCUUCACGGUGUCUGGGG